UGACCAACGAAAACGAUGCGAGCGUGGACCACGCUCACUUUAGAUUUGGGUCCCGUGACUCCUCCCGAGCAAACUGCCUGUGGAACCUCCAAGAUGGCAGAGUGCAACAUGAACACCCACUACUGCGUCAGAAACAUCAAUGGCACAUCGGGACCGCGGUACGCCAACUCGGGCUCCAAGACUGCGAGUUCGUGGCUGCAAAUGUGGCGCGACGCGACUGGGUCCAACCGACGAACUUGCUGCAUCAACGGCUGCUCGAGAGAGGACCUCGUUGGCGCGCACGUCAUGAUCACGGACCAGCGCUCGUACAACACGUGGUACCUCGCGCCCUUGUGCAAGGGACAUAACCACUGCUCCAACACGGACGGCAUGUGGAUCGCUCGCAACGUCAACCUCAUCGCCGUGUCCAACUGAGUCCUCGACUGCCGCCCGCACAAGAAGCUAUCACAAUAGCACCCCACCACCGACUGCAGUUUUUUGUAGCUUUGAUUCUACAAUAUGAGCUGUAGCGAGCGAACUCACCUUGUGACAAA